AUGUCAUUGCUACCAAUGAAGAGUCUAUCCGUUUCACUACCUGUAUUGUUUAUUGAGGCACGUCUUCAGGGACCACCUGAUAUUGUAUUCUCUCAAAUGGGUAUUUCCUUUGAUGCCGAUAAAUGCAAUGUUGCUCUACUUAUGCGCACAAGCAGUGUAUUACUGGUUGCUUCGGUUGGUUCUUAUAUGAUGUAUCGAGUUUGUGCACGAUUUUUGGGGAAAAAUUUCGUUUGGACAAUUUUGGAACAAGCACGUUUUGACUUGCUUACUCGUAAUGAGACGUAUUUAUUGAAACCAAGAAUGUCAUAUAUAGCCAGUGAUGAAUAUGAUAGCUGUUGCUCAGCAGAUUUGACAGAUGAUGAACAGAACAGUUGCGACAGUCAUGUCUUUGCAACAGUGCCAUCCUCGGAUCACUUGCGACGAACAAGACAGCUUUGCAUCGGCUCAGUUAAAAGUUUGAGAAAGCAGUCAAAAAUAAUUUCAGAGCACUGGAAAUAUUCCGCAAGCAUAGCCUCGCAAAGUUCUUCCAAUGCAGAAUUUACUUCAAGUGAAAAGUCUGCUUCGUUGCAUCUGCUCUGGGAUGAUCCACAAUGGGAUGAGGCAACCGAUUUCUGUUUUUAUGGUGCAGCAGUACAACAUGAUCAGUAUUCAGCAUCGUCUGAUGUUUCGAAUAUGACCGAGUUUCAAGCUGCUAAAGGAUUGUUUGAAGAACCGGAUAACCGCUGCAAGGUGAAUGAAGAAGACCAAAAGAAUUCUGAAAAUUCAAAUCGAGAAGAAAAGCAUACUGAUUUCGACACUAACGAUUUCAUCCAGAAAAAUUGUAUGGUCGAUUCUAAGCAUCUUUACCAGAUUACUGCUGGAUUUAUAACUCGAACCAACAGUAUAUCAGUAUCCAGCGAACGUAGUUCCCAAUCAUUUCCAUCUCUGCGAAGACGACUUAUUGCUAAUACACCGUCGGAUGGGUUGCUUGAAUUGGUGCAGCCAUUCACUACAACAUCGGUAGUUUCAUCAAGUCAUAUGAUAACGUCAAUGACUGACAGUGGGAUUAGCAGGGGGACUAUUUCAACGUCCAAUUUGCAGUCAUCAAUUAGAUCAAAUGGUGCGAAAGGUACUUUUGGAGCAGAGAUAUUAUCAAGCGAAGAUGAAGCUGUCGAUACGAUGAUGCCUUGCAUAUUAACAACAAAUAGAAAUUCUCUUAUUGGGCGGAAUAAUUUAAAGCUAAUCAGUGAGGAUCGUUGCUCGACAACUGCAUCCACUCUAAGUAUGGAAUGGUUCGAAGAUGAUUUUUGUCCGUUUGUUACAAACCAGAAUUUAAGAGGAUCAUUGAAUACAGAUAUGGAUGAUCCAUUAGCUGCAUGUUUCAGUGGUUCCGGCUCUGAUCAGAUGCGUCCAAACAAUGCAGGAAAUAUACGAAAACAUUUAUACAAUGUUACACGAGAUCUGAUGGCUUGGGCGAAAGAUCAGUUUGUCACUAAAUCUCCUCAGCUGAAGGCUCUUCAAUUGUUAUAUACAUCUGAUCAACGUUGGCGAAGGAUCGGUUUAAAACGAAGUUCUAAUUGUUCCGAACAGUUUCUCAGUUCUCUGCUGCAUUUAAUGUUCAUUCAUGGAAUACCAUUUUUCGGCUGCUCCGAUUUUUCGAUCAUUGCAAAGGUUUCACUAGAUUUUAUUAGCUUGCAUUGA